AUGGUGUUUCUCCUUCUAGUGUCGUGUUUUCUCCUUUUGCUUCGUCCGUUCGGAGCGUCUUCGCACGUCGCGUUUCGCCAUGAUGCCUCGUCAACAAAUGUCCCGCCUCGUCCUCAGCCGCCCCCUUCUCCUCGCGUUGUGUCUCUGCUGCCGCGGCGCCACGUCCUUCAAACCGCGGGAAGACCGCCUCUGUUUUCCAGUCCGCUCUCACCACUUCGGUCUCCAGGACUUCCUCCCCUUGCAUUCCUCCAGUUUCCUUCUCUGUCUCGUUCUGCUCCUUCGAAAGCGUUGCCCUACCUUCAGGGGCCGGCUGCCAUUUCGCACGUGUCACUCUCCUCCUCAUCGCUGUCUGCGUUCCCUGCUGUCUCGCCGCACUGUCUCCGUCCUUCUGCGCCUCUUUCGCCCCGCGCGCCCGCCUUCUGCGCCUCGCCGUCGUCUCGCAAGGGUCUUCAGUCUGUCUCCGAGGGCGUCGAGUUGAGGCCAGACGCCCCGCAGGAGCGCCCAAGCCACGCCCGGUUCGCCCUGCAUGCAUAUGCGUCUUCCCAGUCGGCCUCGCGCGCGGUUCCUGCCUUCUUUUCGUCGCCGUUGAGGCUCCGCGGUGUGUCCGCCUCGUCCGCCGUGCGAACAGACCUCCGCGGCUCGACGGGCUCGAUCAAAGCCGAAAGCGGCGCGCCGGAACCGGGGCCUUGCAGGCGCUCCGCCGGCCUCCCGUCCCUCUCCGACGCCUCUACUGCUGGGGUGCCGCUGCAUGUCCGCAGUUCGCUUUCUGCGUCCACGUCUGCUUCUUCGACCCUCCAAAGCGCCGAAGGCCACGACAGAAAGGCCGCGGACGAUGAAGGCGCAGCUGGAGCAGAGAGACGCCACGCCGUGCCCAGGUGCUGCGCAGGCGACGACUCUCCUUCGGAUGAGCGCAGCGCAAGGGCGCAGGUGGAUGUGUCUCUUUCGCAGUCGGGUCGGGUCAAGCUUUCAGACGAAGGCCAGCCUCAAGCCACCGCAGCGGCUGCAGGGAAGCUUGUUUCGCAGCCGCAGGUAGGAUCGCCUUUGCUGUCCUCAACCUCAGAGAGCGCCUGUGCCGCCUCGCCUCGUCCGGCGUCCUCUGCGCGCGGGUCCCCGCGUCCAGCCGGUGCUGCGCCUUGUGAAUCUAGGCCUGAUUCCGUUGGCGACGCUGCGGGCGCGUCAGCGGAGCGGCGCGCGUCUCUCGCUGACCCUCCAUCCCCGUCUUGCCUGUUGUCGUGCGCAUGCCACAGGCGCGCUUCUGUCUCACCUCGAUUUAUUCCCCUGUGUGCCCGCGAGGCCGCCUGUUCUCAACGGUUUAGCGGCUCGUCAUCUCUGCUUCUCGCCUCGCGUCACUGCUCAAGAUGUGCCGCUAGCCUUUCGGGAUCUGCCACCUCUCCAUUGCCUUCGCCGCUCUGGGCGCGGCUCCGGCUGGCCUUAACCCCGUCUCUCGGUUUCUCGCCGCUGUGGCGGCACAGCGGCAGCUCUUCCGCGCUCGGCGCUCACGCACCUGGGCGCGCGUCCGCGCCCAUGUCCCAUAAUGCGGUUGCGGCGGAGCCGCGCUGCUCCGCCCUCGCGCGCGUGCGCGGCGCUCUGCGGCAAGCGCUGGGACGCAUGGCAUCCUUUGUGACGCGCUUUAACGCGGGUCUGCGUGAGUCGUUCCUCGCGCAAGCGGCGCUAGUUCUGGCCGUCUACGUCCUGCAUUUCGCCUAUAUCUCUCCGCAGACGUUUGUGCUGCCCGUUGAGCUUCUUCCGAACCGCGCAGGGCUCUUUCAGCACGUUCAGGGGGACUCCUUAGCGGGCUGGGCGGCCCUUGGGGGUCUGCUGCUCGCCUCGCGGAUUUCCUCACCCGGAGCGCCUGCCUCGCAACUCUGGGGCGCGUCAGCAGGUCAAGACUCCGACUGCACUUUGUCGGCAUCUCGCUCGCGCAGGGAGUCGGUCGCCGGCGCUACAAAGGGUGCGGCAACGCAGUCCGCGGCGUCUGACGGAUUCAGGAAGGCGAAAACUGGCAAACCCUUGGCGGGGUCUCUAGGCGGAGGAGUCUCUGCGGCGGUGCUGCUGCGGCAUGCAUCUGCGAAGCUUCCGUGGAAGGGGCCUUUUCCGCCGUUUCUGAGGAAUGCGCUGCUACUUCUCUCUCUGUUUGGCGCCUACGUCGUUUCCGGCUACGUCGCCUGCGGGCUUGAUCUCUUGUUUUACUUCCUCCACGCCGCAGGCCUUGUGUCGCUGGACUUGGCUAUGCACCGCUCCCUGCAGGUUCUGUUCGCACACCUUGCGUGGGUGUUGAUGGGGACUGCGCUGUUCAAACUGUCGUACAGAAACUUUUUUCACAGCGCGUGCGCGCCACUCCCGACGUCCUGCAGGCGCGCGCCCAGUGCGAAGACGGCCACAGUCGCUGAGGGGGGGCGGCAAGCCAGCGAACCCCCUGAGGGGGUCGGCAAGACUGAAGGCGCUCAAGGACGGCAUCCAGGAGGACAACUGGAGGUCGCCGCUUCGGCCAGCGGGCUGCCGGAAGCAGCUGCGUCCUGCAGGCGUGGCGAGAGGGUCUCCGCGCGUGCAGCUCUGUCUCGAACAGACGCCACAUCACACACCGGCGAAGAGCAUGUCGCCGCCGCAGUUGCUGCGCAAACGCAAGUCGAUGAAGCGGCAUUCGCUGCGCGUCAGACAUAUCCGAGGCCGGCGCGAGGGUCGGAGAGCCGCGCCGCCGCAGCGCGUGGAACUGCCACUGCGUCUAGCGCUCGGUCUGCGUCGUUUGUGCCGCCGCCGUUAAUAGGGCAUCCCUUCGGCGGAGGCGGGGAACGGAUGACGGACGCGGACGCUGAAGCUCGCGGCCUGCACUCGCAGGGUCCCGAAGCCUCUGCAUACAAGUACUUCUGCAGCUUGUGGUCGACGAUCAAAGGGCGAAGAAAGCGGAACAACGCACAGGAGACCGUAGCCAGCGAUGUGGAGUUCGCUGCCGCCAGCCAGACCACGGGGGCCUCUUUGUCGGUUCCGGCUAGAUGGGGCUGCGCGACGCCUGCGAGAGAUCGGGAUGGGCACGACGCGGUCGGGGUGAACGCACACGUGGCGGAACGAAGCGGCGAAGCGCCUGAGGCGCGCGCGUCGUCGCGGUGGUUCACACUGCGGCGGCGGGGUAAGGGCGGCUUGUGGGCGUGGUGGGCGAUAUCGGGGUACCUUAUUUCUUGUCUCCUGCUCAACAUGACCGAGUUCCUCAACGAUUUCGCCUUGAGUCUCCUCCCCUCCGAGCCGCAGGGGGAAACGAUCGUGCAGCACAUCAUGAACCCGACGCUGAAUACGCGUUGGUCGUUCCUUGUCGGUGCGCUGGCGCCCUGUCUCUCGGCGCCGUGGUGGGAGGAGCUCCUCUACCGCGGCUUCUGUCUCCCGCUCUUCUCUCAGGUCAUGCCGUUGAAGGCCGCAGCGGUUCUGUCUUCGCUUCUCUUCGCAGUUCACCACAUGAACGUGCAGACGGUCCUGCCGCUCUGGGUCCUCGGUCUGACCUGGACGGCAGUCUAUCUCAAGUCGCAGAAUCUGCUCUCGACUGUCAUGAUUCACGCAAUGUGGAACAGCCGCGUUUUUCUCGGGAAUUUGUUUGGGCUCUAG